AAACAAAAUAAUAAUUAAAAUAAAUAUAAAUAUGGCUUAAAAUAGAUCAUUAUAUACAUAUAUAUAGAGGAAAUAAUGUAGCAAAACUUUCUAUAAAUUUCAAGCCCUUUAUCUUGCCAAAGCUCUCAUUUUUCAAGGCUACAGAGAGAGUAGAAAACAAUGGACCUCGCCAUAGCCAUAGCACUCGCUUUGGCCGCCGCCUCCUUCCUCCCAUACUUAGCCUGUAUCUUGCUUCUGCGCCGCCGAAGGAUGCUCUGCUUCGAGGCAGAAGACAUCGAGCUCGGCGUCACCGCUGCUCGGGUCGCCGAUGGGCCCGAGUUGGAGUUAGAUGGGCUGCCUCCGGUACAAAAAGAUGACAUCUUUGCACCAUCUCCACGACGCUUUACAUGGACGGAAGUGGAAACUGCCACCGCCAAUUUCACCUCGGAUGUGAUCGGUAAAGGGGGAUUCAGCACAGUGUAUUUCGCCCGUCUCAAUGACUCCAUUGCCGCCAGCAUCAAGCUUCAUCACAGCAGCGAACGCCUCCACCACGCUUUCCGCUUGGAGCUUGACAUCCUCCUCCGCGUCCAUCACCCCAACAUCGUUCGCCUCCUUGGUUACUGCGACGAACAAGAUGACCAAGGCGUUCUGAUCUUCGAAUUCAUCCCUAAUGGGAACCUUCACGACAAGCUCCACUCGGGCGCCUGCGCCGGCGACGUACUCCCGUGGGCGCGGCGGACUUCCAUCGCUUACCGUCUCGCACAAGCCCUCGAAUACCUCCACGACGGCUGUGAGCUCCAGAUAAUCCAUGGCGACAUCAAGACCUCCAACAUCCUCCUUGACAGCGAUCUAAACCCCAAGCUCUGUGACUUCGGCUGCGCACGUAUGGGUUUCUCUGCCACCGUCCGGCCGCCAGCGGUGAUGACCGGUUCGCCGGGGUACGUCGACCCGCACUACAUUCGGACCGGAAUGGUCUCCAAGAAGAGCGAUGUAUACAGCUUCGGAGUGUUUCUUCUAGUGCUGAUCACCGGCGCGGAGGCGUUCGAUGAAGGGACAGAGCGCCUUUUAACGACAGUUGCUGGUGAAAUGCUCCGGGAGGCGACCAACGGUGAAGUGGCGGAGAUUGUUGACCGGUAUCUCGUCGGAGAGUAUGAUAAGGGGGAAGUUGCAGUAAUGGCGUCCAUAUCGGCGGUUUGCAUUGGGGAGAAUCCGAGCCUGCGGCCAUCUAUGGCAGAUAUCGUGAGGAUAAUAGAGGAGAAGGUACCGUCGGCGAUCUCGACCGUGGAUUGUAAAGCGCGGGUAAAAGUGUAAAAUUUUGUAAGAAUACUGGCCUUCAAUUGGACAAUGCUGUAAAAAGUUGGAAAUGUUCGCUA